CAUGCCCUUACCAUUCUUAUUCGUCACGAAGUCAGCUUUCUUCCGGAAAAGUACAUUCUAAGAAGGUGGCGAAAGGAUGUGAGGCGAGCCCACUCGAAGAUGAAAGUUAAAUUUAAUACUUGGGUCGUCACACCUGAACAGGUACGCUAUCGCGAGCUAUGUCUUGCAUUUAGUGAGGUUGCUGAUCUUGCUGCUCAAAACAAUCAUGAAUGUGAGGUUGUUAAAAAAUGGAUAGACACCAAAUUUAGAGAACUACAACUUGCUGAAUCAAGUCAGAAAGGAAAAGAAGUAGAGAUGAAUCAUGAUUUUGUGGAAGAAGAAAAUGAAUAUGAAAAGGAGGAAAAUGAAAACAUAUUGGAUCCUCUCUCUCAGACUCGGAAAGGUCGGCCUAGGCAAAACAGAAUUAAGCCAACAAGUAGGCGAAGAAAGAAGAAAAUUGAUCGAGCUGCUAAUGUGCCCGUCAACAAUCCAUCACAGUCUCAAGAGGGUGUUCUUUCCUACACACAAGAUAGUAUGGUUUCAAAUGCUUACAUGCCACAACCAAAUACUGUGCAUCCAUGGCCGGCACAACAAUUAACAAAUGAAUUUAUGCAGUUGCCUCAAUUUCCAAUGCCUGGAGAUCCACAUGCGAUGGGGUUGCCACCGUGGUAUGGAUGGCAUCAAAGAAACAUGAUGUGAUAACCUAUGGGGCCUGAUGCUGUUUGGCGAAAGGAUGCAGUUGGUUCCUGAGGUUGUUUUGUUCCUGAAGGUAGCUGGCUCCUGAUGCCUCUUUUGUGAAGCCUCUUUUGUAACUCUAGUGCGAAUGUAACAGUUGCUGGACAAAUUAUCUUUCCAUGCUUCAUUCUACUGGAUAAUUAUAUGUAAUGGAAUUGAUGUAAUGGAUAAUUAUCUUUCCAUGUCUCUGCUCCAUGUCUCUACUGCGAAUGUAACAGUUGCUGGACAAAUGAAUUUAUCUUUCCAUGU